AUGUCUAAGAAACGGCUCGCAGCACCGUCUAAUUUCCAGGUGUCGUCUGCUUGCUGGCACCCGGCUGGGGGCAAUUCCCUUUGGUGGCGUCACUAUGGCGCCUCAUCGAAUCGGUUGUAUGACGCAUGUGAGCCGAGGACAGACGCGCAGGGGGGGGUAGCCUGUUGCCGCCUGCACAAUAUGCAGGCCUCGCAGGCGUACUUCCAGCUCCCCAGCUGCUGCAGGCUCUGCAAGACGCCUGCCUCUGUUGCUUCUCCUGUUGCUUAUGAUGAGGGCGUGAAGGCAGCAGGAUGCAGCUGUAGUCGCGUUGCGAUCUUCGACUUGGAUGGGACCCUCAUCACCACCCGUAGCGGCAAGAAGUUUCCUGUUAACGCCAACGACUGGGUGCUUCGCUUUGAACAACAUUUACCCGCACACCUACGCCGUCUUCACGAUAACGGGUAUUCAAUAUUUAUUUUGUCAAAUCAGUUGGGCGUUACUCUUGGCCAUGUUUCCCUUGUGGAAAUGACGGCGAAAGUCGACGCAGUGCAGCAGAAGCUGCAGGUGCCACUCACCGCCUGCCUGUGUUGCUGCGACGACAUCUACAGGAAACCCAGACCAGCAUCGGCUGCUUUCAUCUUCAGGGAUUUGUUGCCGCUGGUGCAGCAGCAUCUGUCUCCGCCGGAACAGCAGCAGCAGCAAGGGGUGGAUGCCCCCUCAGGCACUAGGGAGGCUGCUGUUUCUUCUACAGUUGGCGCCGCGUUGGGGUAUCCUCGGAUCUUCUUUGUGGGCGACUCCGCGGGUCGGCCAGGUGACCACAGUGCCGCAGAUUUAAAGUUUGCUUUAAACGUCGGAAUGCGAUUUUUCACCCCUGAGGAAUUUUUUGCCGGUAAAGCAACGCCACCGUUGCCGCUUUUGACUCGCAGACUGCAAGGGGCACCAACAGGAAAGCAAGAAGAGGCAGUGGCAGGGGAAGAAGCACAGCAACCGGUAAUUGGGAAGGACAAGAAGCUCAAGAAGAACGUCAAAGACAAAACAGGUAACGAUGCCACAACGCUUAUCUUUGACCCGGUCGAACUCUUGAGAAACAGCACACAUCGUGGGGACUCGCAGCACCAAAGCUGCAGUGCAGCCCAAGAGGGAGGAGGAAGCGACACAAAGACUGACGCAGAAAAGCACCAGCAGCAACAAGAGCAACAGAAGCCGCAGCAGCAGCAGAAUAGCUCCCAAGAGCUGGUGAUACUCAUAGGGGCACCUGGAAGUGGGAAGAGCACCCUGGUUGAGCGGCUGUUCCCUCAGCACGUAGUGGUGCGGCAGGACGACCUGAAAGUGAAGGCGAAAUGCCUAGAGGUCUGUGAACGCCUUCUUCGCGAGGGAAGAAGUGUCGUGGUGGACAGACAAAACGCCACCAAAGACGACCGACAGGCUUUCAUUCAACUCGCCAAACAACACGGGAAAGGGGGAUGCACUGUGAAGGGCAUCGCCUUGCUAUGGCCCAAAGAGGUUUGUUUACACAUGGGCCUUUUCAGAAGCCUCGCAGCAUCACUCCGAAACAGCAAAGGCAACAGCAGCAGCAGCAGCAACAACAGCAACAGCAAGAAGAGGGCGGCAAGCGCACCGAGUUCGUCUUCCGUGUCUAGAUAUCGUGCAGUAAAGGUCCCGAAAGUUGUGGUGAAUACAUUUUAUGCAAAUGUGGAGCACCCGACAGUGGAGGAGGGAUUCACCCAAGUGGAAAUACACAAAGAUGUGUCAACAGACUUUGUGCUGUAUGAUGACUUCUGUUCUGAGGAAGAGAGAUGCAUUUUUGGCUCCUUUUUAGAUUAA